AUGGUCCCGGUUUUUAACCCGUAUUCAUCGUUUACUGGUGAUUUCAAUGAGAAACAAUGUCGUCGUCCUCUUACUACUACUCAAGAUACAUAUCGUUAUACAUCUGAAGAGAGAAAAAUGCAGAUGGGUGGGGCCACCAUGGCCACACCGUCUCCAUCAUCUGCUAAUGAGAGGGCAUCCGUGAUGCCACCAUACCCGGAGGAUGAUAUUGUAUCACAAAUGACUCCAGAGGAUCGCUUAAAAACCUCCCUCAAUAUUUGGAACAAGCAAGCGGAAGAGGCCAAGAAAAGGCAAGCAGUCAGUUAUGACUAUCAGCUCAGAGCUGAGAGAGAGGAACGCGAAUUACUACGGCAGCGAUAUUGGAAGGAUAAAGAUAAGGAGAGAGAAAAAGCUAAGGAUAAUAUCCAAAUGGGUAAUGGACCCCAGCAGAAUAGUGGUGUGAGUAUGCCUAAUAGUUCUAGACCGAUAACACAAACGGGUGAAUCACGUAAACGGCGACAUGAUGGUGAUGACCAGUACGGAAGAGAAGAGUUCCGUCAAGGCUUUGCUGAAAUGAACCGGUCAGGAAGGGGACAACCAGCUGUAGCUCCUCCACCAGAGCAUGCCCGAUGGUUAGCGUAUCAGCAACAAAUGCAACAACAGCAGCAACAUCAACAGCAGCAACAAAUGCAACAUCAACAAUAUCAGCAGUCGAUGAUGAUGCAGCAGCAACACCAAAGAAAUCCUGCUAUGCAUUCGGGAAUGAAUGGCCAUCCUACUAUGCCUGGUCUUAACAAUGUUAUCGGAGGAAGUAGCGGUCCUUUAAGCUCUAACUCGACUCCUAUAAACGGUAAUCCUACUUCGAUAAAUGGAGCCGGCGGACCCAUGAUGAUGAUGAUGAACAACAGUCCCCACAUGCAGCCAUCUACUUCUAGUCCUCACACUAUCCCUUCAUCUUCCAGUGUUACUCAAUGUUCUCCCGCUUGCCUUGAUAACGUAUCUAGUCCUCAUGUUUUGCCUUCUGGUAAGGAUACUGAUGACUUAUCCAAUUUGAACACAGAUCAGAUUAAUUUGGAUGCAGCAGUUGCUCAAAUGACGGGGAGUGCUAUAGCUGAUUUGGGUAAUGAUGAUUUGUUCGGUGAUCUGAUGUCAGCCCAGUGUACAUUGAUACCUGAACAAAAACCCUCAAUAUCUUCUCCUAUGAGUAGUUUCGGAAUAGGAUCUGAUACAUCUGGACAAGGAUCUCAACAAAAUCAGCCAUCUCGUUCCACUCCACAGCAACAGCUUCAGCAACCAGCUCCAUCACAACCUAUGCAGCCAUCUCAAUCGACCACACAGCCUAGUAGAACUCAGAGUCACUCCAUGGGGCAACAGCCGUUAAGCAAUGGCUCUUGUAAUUAUGGCAAUCCGCCAAUUACACCUACAAACGGCUGUACAACCUCCAUGUCUUUCGGUGGAAGUUCGAUCGGUGCUCCUCUGUGUACGAGUACUCCUGUAUCCACUUGUAUGGCUGGUAGCUCUUCCCAGCAGCCACCUACACAAGUUUCCAAUCCUGCACAAGCGUCAACCUCUCUUGAGCAGCAGCAACAAGAGAGCCAAAUGCCUACCUCCCAGAGGAAUCCAAACUAUCCUCAGACUGGGGGAAUGCCACCACCAUUCAUGGGAGUUCCGCAAGGGUAUCCGGGUUAUCAAGAAGGAAUGCCUAUGCCGGGUGGAUCAAUGAUGGGACAGCCUCAUCCUGGAAUGUCGCAGCAACAGUUCAUGAUGAUGAGAAUGCAACAGCAAAGAUCUAUGCAGCAACAAAUGAUGGCCCAACACAUGCAGCAGCAACGGCAAGGUCAAUACUUUGGUAUGCAUCCUAUGAGUCGUCCAGAUCCAAGGUAUAUGAACCCCAUGAUGGAUCCUUCUAUGAUGCAAGGUAAUCCCCGCAUGGGAAGUAUAGGCAUGUCAAUGCCGGUAAAUCCCUCUAUCACAUCGCCGUCCUAUCCGCAAUACGUGUCAGCUCCAAUGUAUCCACAGUAUCCUAUGAACUAA